UCCCACUCCCUUAUUCCAUGUCAGAAGCAGCACAUGCUGUUCCUGUCCGGGGGUUCAGGACCCCUACACUGGCUCCUGCGCGUGUGCCUGAUCGGUUCCCCAGCAGCCCCACACAGGCGCUGCGUCCCCUCUCGUUGGCAGUUCGCUAUCCCCCUCAAUUCCCCCUCUCCUCCCGGCUCCCUGUGGCAUUUGGAGGCUCCCACCGUCGGCUCCAAAUGUUUUCCAUAUUUGUUCAGCCUCCGUGAUUCAAAUACCGGGAGCGGCUCAGCCUGCGCCCAGCCCAGUGAGCUCCCGGGGGCCGCGCAGCCCACCCACCCACCGGCCAUGGGCCAGGACGAGCAACUACCAGCCUCCAACGCUCCCCAAGGCAAACCGAGGCAGGGGCCAUCGGCGCCCUCCGGGGAGCGGGGCACCGCCUCAGGGGCCCAGUGCGACCUGGAGCCGAAGAAAGGCAAAAGGGACCCCAAAGCCUGCGGGGAGGAGGAAGCCCGAACUUGCUGUGGCUGCCGUUUCCCGCUACUGCUCGCCCUGUUGCAGAUGGCCUUAGGCAUCGCUGUGACAGCUGUGGGCUUUGUUAUGGCAGGCGUCAGCUCUUCCUUGCUAGUCAGAGAUACUCCAUUUUGGGCUGGGAUCAGUGUUUGUGUGGUGUCCUAUCUUGGUUUGUUCAUGCUCUGUGUCUCCUAUCAAGUCGAUGAACGGACAUGCAUCCAGUUUGCUAUGAAACUGUUCUACUUUCUGCUGAGUGCCCUAAGCCUGAUUGUCUGUGUGCUGGCAGUGGCCUUUGCUGCCCAUCACUACAACCAGCUUACACAGUUGAUCUGCAAAGACACCCUCGAUUCCUGCCAGUGCAAAAUGCCCACAUCGGAUCCACUAAGCAGAGCCUUUGUUUACCAGGAUGUCAGUGACUGCACCAGCAUCACCAGCACGUUCAAACUCUUCCUACUCAUCCAGAUGGUUCUCAACUUGCUCUGUGCCAUGGUGUGCUUGCUGGCAUGUUUCAUGAUGUGGAAACACAGAUACCAAGUCUUUUAUGUGGGUGUCCGCUUGUGCUCUCUAACUACUUCUGAAGGCCAACAGCAGAAAGUCUAAUUUUUUCACUAACGGCAGAAGGGUGGGGAGGAAACAUUUUACCAACAGUCUGGGCAACCUGAAUAGUUAAAAACAGCAACAACAACAUUUUUGGCACCAACUGAUGUGCAUAAAAUCUCAAUGAACAUAUUUUUAUAUAUUUUAGUAAUACUAUUUCUAUUGCAAAAAUUUUUGGUGGGAAAAAAUAAUUUAGAAAACUAUAGGAUUGUAAAAGCAUAGCUCAAUAGAUUCUUCCAAUAAAGCCAAUUCCUGAUUAUCCACAAUGGAGAAAGAUAAUAGUGAUCAUUGAAAUCUAAAUAUAGUCCCUAAUUGUUAUUUUCCUCAUUAGCUUUAGGCUUCUUCCCUAUUCAUUAAUUAGGUAAAAAUUGAUAUUCUGAGCCCCGAAACAAAGCAUUGCAAAGAAACCCAUUCUCCAAUCCCAGAAAUACUUUUUGCAUACACCCUGGGGAACCCCUUCUUUUUUGUGUCCCCCUCCCCCAAGGGGCCCGUCGCUACUAGAGUAGUAGUUAUACUGUUCCAGACAGGUACAUUUGAUUUGAUUCAUUUGAUUUUCAUCUCCUGUCAUCCCACACUGAAGCAGAUUCAAAGUGGGUCUCAUAAGGAAGGGCAGGCAAUGGAGGUCUAGAUAACCCCCUGAGAUAAUCCCACUGAGAUAAUCCUCAAAAACUAGAGGAUAAAAGCCUUAUCAAUCUAGGGACUAGUUACCACAAAUGUUUGGUGAACCGAGUUACUAGGAAUUCAGUCUCAAGCAAGCCUUUCCCUGGUGACAGUUCCUCAAUAAUUGAGAGGAGACGAUCAUUAUAUCUUGAACAAUCUAGAUGUUGAAAAAACAUUUCUUUUAAACUCUUUCCUUCUGUCCUAGUAACAACUCUAAGACAGAAGUGCAAAGGCUAAGCAAAUAGGGCUAGGUGAAGUGUCUGAGGCUAGAUUUACCUCAGCUCCUCCCAAUUCCAGUCCUGGUGCUCUAUCCACUGUGCCACUUAGCUGCCCCGCGAAGUUAUUUUUUAAUAAUUAUACUUUCCUUCCAGUCCAAUGGGACAGCCAUUUUUAAGUAAAUUGUUGCUUAUAUAUGUUCAAAAGUCCACUAACCUGUUUACAAUGAAAAUGAUAUCAUCAGUAUUCCUGUGAAUUGUACUCAUUUAAAAAAAAAGAAGCUUGGAAGAACUAUUUUUAUUGAGAGUUGAGUUUUAUAAGGGAAGGAGAUUCAUAAGUAACUUGGGUUAAAAGAUAUAUAUAAACCCAAGUAGAAGGGAAUAUGUAACCAUAUUAUUAUCUAUAUACUUGGAUAUCCUAAACAUUUUAGUGCUCUAAAGUGGAAAACUGAACUAAGACUUUUGGGAAACUCUCUAUAACCUUUAGGAAUCUGGACAAUAUUGUAGAGUCCUUACUCAAGCCCACUCAUAUUAAUGAGAGUCGCAUUUAGGCUUCUGAACCUUGUGUGCUAUCGGUACUGCAUAGUGGGAUCCAUUUAACAAGCAUCUACUGAGCACCUACAUGUGCAAAGUGGCAUAAACAUUCUCUAGGCUCCAUGGACACAAUUUGUUUUUAAAAUUGAAUUCCAUACACUACUAGAGUGUCAUCAUUUUUAUGAAGGCACUAAAAAUGGGGAGUCGUAAGCAUAAAAGAACAUUCUCCAUACAACACUGAAACUUGUUAGCAUGAAAGCACACAUUCAAGUUGUUACUUCAGUAAUUCUCCACAUACUUUUCCUAUUAAUAUUCUUAGCCAGCUACAAAAUGGCAAAAAUCCCACAAAAUCUUUUGUGCCUUGGAAGACCAAUAAAUAAUUCCAAUGUGAUUGUGAAAAUGAAGUUUCUUUCUACACAAUGCCAAAUGUCUGGAUGAAAUAUGAAAAAUUCAUUCAAUAGCCCAGAUGUGUGCAAAUAUCUAAAUUAUUUUAGCUGAAAACCUAUUGCUUUUUAAAAAACUUUUCAUCCAGAUAUUUUGACAUUGGCUAUAUAGAACUUAGAUGCAAAAGUAAUAGAGAAAGAUUGGGAUGGGGGAGGGAGAGAGAGGAAGAGGGAAGGGGAAAAAGGAGGGGAGGGAGAGAGGAGGGGAGGGGGUAGGGAGGGAGAGAGAAUAGAAGCAGCUUUGUAGCUCAGUGGAUUGAGAGAACCAGGCCUAGAGACAGGAGGUCUUGGGUCAGUCACUUACUAGCUAUGUGACUCUGGGCAAAUCACUUAACUCCCAUUGCCUAUCUCUUACCACUCUUCUGCCUUAGAACCAAUACACAGUAUUGAUUUUAAGAUAAGAAUUUUCUUUAAAAUGGGAAGUCUUCUAGAGCUAGAAAUUUGACAACUGAGAUUGUCUAUAUUGUACCAAAUACCCUGAAGACAAGCUAAAUAACAACUCACAUUUAUGUAAUACUUUAUGCUUUGAAAAGUGUUUUCUUCACAACAGUCUUGAGAGGAAAUGAGCAAGCAUUAUUGACCACAUUUUGAACAAAAGAAACUGAGGCACAGCAUUAUUUGAUUAUUAUGGAAUAUCAGAGUUUGAAGAGAUCUCAAAAACUAUAUAUUUCUGCUUCAUUCUGAAAAAAAAAAAAAGAAUCCCCUCUACAACAGACAAAUCCAAAUUUCUAUUUGUUUGAAAAUUUCAUUUAAGGAAGAAGUCAAGACUGACAAGGGAGUCCACUCCACCGUGGAACAUCUAAAUUCAUUCAAUUUCCCCACAUUGCUUCUAGUUUUUUCCUCUGGUAUAAAGCUAAAAAGAUCUAAUCUUCAUUCUUCAUGUUCAUAUGAUAGUCUUUCAAAUACCUAAAGGCAACUAUCUUGUCCCACCGUUCCCUGCUCUGCCCCUCAAAUACCUCCCCUCCUCAGACUUGUCAUCCCCAUUUUUUCCAGGUGAUCCUUGUAUGGCAUUAAUCUGAAUCCCUUGACUGUAAUUUUUUCUGUCCCCUGACAAUCUUUGCUAAGAUGUAGUACCUAGCAUUGAACAUGAUACUUGCAGAUGUGGUUUGACCAGGGGAAAACCCUUCACAUUAUACCUCUCUUCAUAAUCACAAUAUGGGCUAAUUUUGAGCUUGUAUUUCCACUAUAUCCUCCCAAUUCUUUUCUGAUGAAAUGACGUUUAGCCAUACUUCCACUUCCCUCCUAUCAUACAACCAUCUUAUUCUGGUAAAGUUGGUUUUUUGAACUCAAUUCCAUGAAACUUACAUUUAUCACUAUUCAGUUUUCUAUUACUACAUCCUACCUAAUGUUCUAAACCUGUCAAGAUCUUUCUGAAUCCCUCCUCUGCCACUCAUUGUGCUAACUCCCCUCCUAGCUUUGGGUCAUUGGCAGACUGGAUAAACACACGAUUUUUGUUGUUAUCUAACACCAUUGAUACAAUUUUUUAAACCCUUGCUUUCUGCCUUAGAAUCAAUAAUAAGUACUGGUUCCAAGGCAGAAGAGUGGUAAGGGCUAGGCAAUCUGGGUUAAGUGACUUGCCCAGGGUCACACAGCUAGGAAGUGUUUGAGGUCAAGUUUGAAACCAGGUCUUCCCAUUUCUAAGGCUUGAUUCUCUAUCCACUGAGCCACCUAGCUGCUCCUUUUAUAUUAUUUUCUAGCCCAUAUUGCCAUCUUUUUCACAGGAGGAAUAUAAGAUAUUUAUCAGAUGUUUUGUUACAACCUAAGGAAACUAUAUCUAUAGCAUUCCUUUGCCAAUCUAGUAAUUCUCCCAGAAAUGGAACAAAGGUCAGUUGGCAUGUCUUAUUGGUUCCUUGUCAUCUUACCUCCUUUUCAAAUAUUGUCUCAUCAUCCCUUUUAGAAGAUUAGGGGCUAACCCUGAGGUUUCACUGGUAGAGGGGAUUUCCUUCCCUCUGCCAAUAUGGAUUGAUAGCUUCUCUAUAAUUUGCAGUCUUAGAAGGUUGCCCAGUGCACUGAGAAGAGAUUAUAAGAUUUUUCCCAGUGUCAAACAGCAGGUGUGUACCAGGGGGAUACCUGAACCCAGGUCUUCCAGACUCUGAGGUCUGAUCUCUAUCAAUGCCUUUAUGCCUCUUUUUAUUGAUUCAUCUUAAAAUUCCUUUCCGGUGCUACAGCAUCUAGGCCCCCACUGGGUUUAAGGGUUUUCCUCUGGAGAAUCAAAUCAAUCUGAAAUCUCCAAGGGAGUAAAGGAAAAAAAAUCUGACAUGAAAGAAGAGAAAGAUUUCUGUGCUAGGAAACCUUUGUAUAUUGAUAGAUUUAAAAAUCAUGCUGUAUGAGUAACAAACUGCUUUGGUCUGUCUUUGAGGCAUUUUGAUGUGGUGUUUUGAAAAUAUUGAAGUUACAAUAAUGGCAACAGAAAAGGAACAGAUACACAGCUUACACUCAGCAAAAUGUCACAUUUUUAAAAUCUGGCAACAGGCUGAGAUGGUGACUGUCUUUUCAAAGUCCUGUGAUGUUAAGAUUUGCUCAGUCCUCCUCCUCCUCCUCUUCCACCUCCUUCAACAGCAUUAAAUGAAACAAGACUUUGGAAAAAAGGGGAACAGCCGGGACUUGGCACUGGCUGAGAUGGGAGGAAUACAGCAGCCUCAAGCUCCAGACUUUGUAAGUGAGCCCACUCGUUCAGACCGUGCCUUUUCACGUGAUUGCCAUCUGCGCCUCCCAGCUCCUUCCAACUCUGUGUAGGCAGCUCCUUGGACUCAUGCCUGAAAACAUAGCUCCACCAGGGCCCUGGAAACUGUAGUCAAGUCAGAGGCCUAAAUUCUAUUCCCUCCACUGGAUUAAAAAAAAAUGGAAAUCAUCUAUUCUGAGGGAAGAUUCCAGCGACAGAAAUCAGUGUGUGCUGCUCAGACAGAGACAAACUUUUAUGGACCUAUUUUCUAUUCCUGUACACUUUAAUACUUUCAUGUGUCUCCCCAUUGGUCAUAAGUUUGGAAUUUUAAGGGACCUUAAAAGUAAUUUUUUUCUAAUGUCAGUUCAAAGAUGGGGAAACUGAGGAUGCAGAGAGGUUAGGAGAUUUGCCCAAGGUCAUGCAGGUAGCAAAUGGCAAGAGCUAGGAUUUGAAACUAGUUUAUUUGGCUGCAAAUCUAACACAAUGCCCUUUUAUUUUAAUUUAAAAACCCUUGCCUUUUGCCUUAGUAUCAAUACUGUGUAUUGGUUCCAAAAGGAGCAGUAAGGGUGAGGCAGUGGGGGAUAAAUGGCUUAACUAGGAAGUGGCUAAGACCACAUUUGAACCCAGGACUUCCUGCUCUGAAACCAUUGAGCCACCUAGCUUCCCCCCACAUAAUGCCUUUUUAUGCAUGCUAUAAAUUUGGAAACUCUUUAAAGAUAUUAGCAAAAGUCCCUCAAGAGAGGGACAACAGCUUAGUGGCUUUUAAGGCUCUAUGAAAAGAGCUUAAAAAGGAUCCCUUAAGAAACCAAUCAUUCCCAUGGGGAAAUAUACCUUGAUUCUUUCUCUCAAGAAGUCUCUUUGAUACUAUUCCAUAGCCACAAGUGACUGGAGAUGGCCACUCAAGUGCACUCAAAGAGACUGGCUCAGAUUCAGGUGACAUGGACCAUUUGUCCGGGAAGCCUUUAGCAAAAAGGGGAAGGGGAGGACAAAACCAAUUUCACUCUACCAACUGUAUCAGCCCACAUGGAGAAGGCUCACUUGUAUCUCUCCCUCCCAUGCAAUGAAUACCUUAAUCCUCUUCAUUUGCUUUUCCAGUACUUUAUUAUCUCACUCACUUGCUUAGCUCCACUGUAGUCUACUAAUUAAAUGCUAUAGAGGCACUUUCGUGCUUUGAGUUUAUGCUUCUGCGUAAAUGAAAUGGUUAAUAGAAAUUCCAGCUCUUCCUACUUGUUUAAGGGGGCUUGUUUUUAAAGGGGACAUGUGUAAUGCAUAUUUCCUUUGCUAAUAAAACACUUUCAUAUUCUCGGAAGACA